AUAUAAUGAAGCUUUCCAUGUCCGUAGCAUCAGUGGUCUUUGAAGCGCCUAACGUGGCAUAUCAGAUUCACCAUGGAAUCAUGGAAGAUUGUACUGUUUCUUGCGUUUGUACAAAGUGUCCUUGGAGGUGAUACAUUUUUCGAAAACUCUUUCGAUGCCGUGAGAGGAUGCAAACAGUUCGAAAAUAUGGUGGGUUACAACGAGUCCCAUACAUACUUUCCGAUAGCUGGGCUAAGCAACGUUGGCGUCACGAAAAACUCCCAGUACUUUCGACUCGCGUUCGUUGGUGCAAAUGGUGCACACACACGGUUCGGUGAAACAUUGUAUCCCUACGACAAGAACGUGAUCGAGAUUGUGAUCGGCGGUCUUGGUAAUACGUGGAGCGCAGGAAGACGGCAGUUUCGAGCGGCUUCGAACGAGCAUAAGAACACUUUGCUAGGCGAUGCACAAACACCAAACAUUGUUUCGCGCAACCACCCGACAGUGGUUGUGCUGGAAGUGUUCAAAAAUGGAAUGGUACAGGUCACUAAGGACGGGCAGAAGGAACCGUUCCUGUCGUUCACGGACAGUGAACUGAUUCCGGUAAACUACAUGACCUUUACACGCUACGGAAGUGAUGUGAUCGCGUUCUACGACUGUCCGCUGUUGGAAGUUAACAGACAUCAUAAGUCGCUACCAUCCAAUGGUACGGUCGUGGGAUCAUAAAUGGAACAGUGAUACGCUUUAUCGGUACGAAAAUAAAAUUGCAAAUUGAAGCUUUUGAAUUGAACAACA